AAACUUCGCGGGAAAUAUGAGUUUCGCGGGAGGGCCUUUCGCGCGUAAACCAUAUCCCUUCAUUCAUUGUCAGCUUCCUGAAGCCAUUUUUUUAGCUUGCAGGACGGAGACCUGCGCUAGUUUUAAAUCCAUUGCAUCUUCCUUUCUUUGCGACUAAUAUAUAGCCAAACCUAAGCGAUUCGGUACAUAAGACGUUAGUCAGUCACAUUUUGCAAGUAUUUUAGAUUUGAGUUAGUUUAAAAGGGAGAAAAUUGGUUCCAAAGUAAAGGAGGGACAAAGCACCCGAGCCUACAACGAUGAGAAAGGGGAUCUCCUCUGCCCAGGCGAGAGUAAUAGCAGCAGGGGUUGGGAGCUCCACUGUAGAUAAAAGUACCGUUUUAACGCCGUUGUCUGGUCGCUUAACUUCUGCUUUCCCCUCUACUGCAUUUAUACAAAUCAUCACUCCGCCGCCUUCUGUAACACAGGCUACUAAUGGCUGUAUGUCCGAUCCGCCAGUGGCUAGCUUGAUAUACUCCACUCCCCACGGACCAACCCACGGAACAGGACAGCGACCUGCAUUAGGACGUCCACCGGCAAAACGGCGGCUUGAACUGGAACUGUCUGACCACCAGUACAUCAGUGAAUCGGCCAAGACACCCAAGCGCCGUGGCGGGGCCACAGGUCCAGGUCGCAAGAGCCCCAAAACUCCCAAGUCCCCCUCGGAGAAGACCCGUUACGACACCUCCCUGGGUCUCCUGACCAAGAAGUUUGUCCAGCUGCUGGGCAAGUCGUCUGACGGCGUGGUUGACCUGAACCAGGCCGCAGAGGUCCUGAAGGUCCAGAAGAGACGCCUGUAUGACAUCACCAAUGUGCUGGAGGGGGUUCGCCUCAUCAAGAAGAAAUCCAAAAACAACAUUCAGUGGAUGGGCUGUAAACUGACAGAAGAGGGCACCACGCUGAACCAGUGCCAGAGCCUUGGCCGGGAGGUGCUAGAGCUCACCCAGGAAGAGAGGAAGCUGGACGAGCUGAUCCAGACAUGCAGCAGGAACGUACGGCAGAUGACCGAAGAGGCUCACAAUCAGAAAUUCGCUUACGUAACGUACGAAGACAUCCGGAAGAGCCGGGGGCUGCAAGACCAGACUGUGAUCGUGAUCAAAGCUCCUUCAGAUACAAAGCUGGAAGUCCCUGAUCCUGAGGAGAAUUUACAGGUCCAUUUAACCAGCUCUAAGGGGCCCAUAGAUGUGUUCCUGUGUCCUGAAGAGACAGCUGCUAGCAGCCCACUGAAAAAUAACGUUUUGGACGUGAAUGGAAACCACUCCACGUUUGUCAAAGUCUUGCAAGAAUAUGCUAGUGGAAGCAGUGCACCAGGGGUUCCUGACAGCACACCAGGGGUUCCUGACAGUCCGGUAGCAGUCACCACCAUCUCGCCCCUCACCAGCCCCCUCACCAGCCUCCUGCUGCAGACUGAGGACCAGAUCCCCUCUGCCCUGGAGGGCCCUUUCGUUAGCUUAUCCUCCCACCUCCUCAGUGAGGACUACAUGCUGAGCCUGGGGGACGAUGAAGGCAUCAGCGACCUCUUUGACACCUAUGAUUUGGACAAACUCCCGCUGGACGACCUAUUGUGCAACUGACGGAGGAAGAUGUGCGGGGCUGUCUAGCCUGGAAAGGGAUUAGCCCAGCAAGAAGGAUUCAGGUGGUACGGACUCCCUCUGUUCAAAGAGGGCAUGCCGCUGCUCUUUCCCCUUGUAUCUGGGAUGGAGGGGCUUGCCUUAAUCCUGCGUGCUUCGUUGUAGUGUGCGCCUGAAUUAAUUUAAUUUUAUUUCCCCCCGACCAGACGCAAGAGCUUAGGUCAGGCACAAAAUCCCUCCAGAUUUAUUGCUUGCAGGUGGUCUUUUUGCUUGGGGGCAACACAUUGGAAAUGACCUGUGGUGUGUUAAAAGGAGACUGUAAAACCAUAAAUACGCUUUUGAUAUAUA